AUGUAUGUAGAAGACAAAGAUCCUUCGUCUGUAAAGUUCUUUGUCGAAUCAGGAUUUCAGCUGCCCGAUGCUGGACACAAAAACUAUGGCUAUUCACCGGUCGGUGAAACUUGCAUUGAAGUACGCAGUUACUUGUCUACCGCAAACCUAACACUCAACUUUCUUGUUGGGUUUGAUGGAGUUAAAUGUGGUAAAACUAUAGAAGAAGCGUCAAACGCGGUACAGUUUUUAAGAUUCUUCGAUGAAGCAUCACAAACAGUCGAUCCAAUAACACAAAUACCAAUUUUAGAAGUUGGUGACAUUGCAGUUGUCAACAAUCUGGCCGCACAUCACGGUGAAGCUGAAAGAGCUCUCAGAAGAUUUUUAAAUGAUCUUGGAAUGGAACUCCUUUUUCUCCCAGUAUACUCACCUGAUAUGUAUGCUGUUGAAGAGGUAUUUUCGAAGUUGAAAUACUUGUUGAACUACAGGUACAGCGAACUUGUAUUUCAAAACCUGGAAUACGCCGUUCUCAUGGCGAUUGAGAAUGUCACCGCAGCUGAUCUGUAUGGAUAUUAUAAACAUGUUGGGUAUUUAGUUUAG